UAUAUUUAUAAUCCUAAAUUAUUAUACAUAUGUGUGUGUGUCUUAAUUAAUGGCUACGUGAUAUCCAUUAGUACCAUAAAUGCAGAAUAAUUUUCACAAAAUAACGCAAAACGACUUUUUAAAAAUUUUUUCAUUUGAGUGACAAUUUUUGUCUACAGUACUUGACAUGUGCUGGUUUAGUAACUACACUUGAUACUUCACUUCAUUUUAAAACAUGCCUGUUGUAACUUGGAUGUGAGACAUAUUUAUUUAUCGCAAAGAUUUCAAAGAUAUUCUGUCUACGGUGUUAAAACAAGUACGGUCCUGCUUUCGUUAGAUAUGAUAAUCUGUCCUUGUGCUUCCUGAUAAGGUAUUGCAUAUUUAUAAAAGCUGGUAUGCCCUAAUUCGGUCAGUCAUGUGGAUCAAUCAGUGAGGUGUUAAUAGAACAAUACAUCUUCUCUUUUAAGUUUGGAUAAAGUUGGUGACAGGCGAUGAAGGGAAUUUACUUAAUCGCCAUCGCCUUCUUGGCACCUUGCAUCGUGACUGCUACACAAAACGGAACAAUUGGAACACUGGAUUUACAUGCAACAUGUCCUAGCGUUGAUCCUUGCCCGCCACUUCUAUUCCCCCACGAAUCCAAUUGCGGUCUAUACUACGAAUGUAAAGGCGGCCGGCCGCAAAUGCGCCGCUGCGCGUCCGGUUUGUACUUCAGUGAAAGAUGGCAGGGUUGUGUCAAGCCUUCUGUUUCAGAAUGUAACACAGGUGAAGAUGGGUCUUGCCGGAAUGGCGAGUUAAUGGAGCACGAGUGUCAAUGCACCAAAUAUUACGAAUGCAAAAAUGGGUGGAAGGUCUUGCGUGACUGUCCAACCGGGUGGCACUUCAAUAAGAUGAGGCAAAUGUGCGUUGAGGGUGACUGCGGGAGCAACGGCGGCGACUGCAUAAACGGUGAACGGACGGCUCACGAAUGCCAAUGCGAGAAAUACUACGUUUGUAAAAAUGGCCAGAGAGCUCUGCGUGAUUGUCCGCCCGGAAAUUGGUUCAAUCCCGAUGUGUUGGAUUGUGUUCCGGGAUCAUGUGAUCCACCAGUUGGUAUAUGCAUUGAAGGGGAACAGAAAUCCCACGAUUGCCAUUGCGACAAAUUCUACAAGUGUAAAAAUCAAGAAUGGGUUCUGCAGCAAUGCCAGAAUGGUGAUCACUUCAGCCCCUCUCGUCUAACAUGCCUACCACCGAGACAAGCUGGUUGCGAUGGUGAACCUGAGCCUGUACCUGGCGAAUGCCCGAUUCCUACUCCCACUGGUCCAUGGCCUCACGAGUGUGACUGCAGGUUAUACUACACAUGCCGAAAUGGACAAAAAGAAAUACAGUCCUGUUCCUGGGGAAACUACUUUAAUAGAGCUACAACGGAGUGCAGUCCUGCGGACACUGUAAGCUGUAGAAAUAAUUGGGAAGACUCACUGAUUCAAUAAAAUGACCACCGAUCCAAGAGAAGCUGAAGAUAAUUGAUGAGCGCGAAGAACAAACUGCAUGCUUGCUAUGUCACUAUAUAUUUGUAGGAACGUAGAUCAUUUUGCUAAGAUAUUUUAAUAAAUCUGGUAACAUAUAA